GUGGUGAUUCCCCUCGUUGCCCUCGGUCAAAGCACGGUAUACAUAUAGAGAACUUUGGGUCAGAGUUGAAGUAGCCAAGAAAGUUGAGAUUAUUGAUUCGAGGUGUUGCUGAUUGCUAUUUUCUAGUUUUUUUUUUUGCCUGUCUGUUGGAUUUCAAUAAUUCCGCAUAUUCCAAGGAGCCUCGUCUUUCACAGAAACCAUGCCGGACAGAGCAUUUGACCGCUCAGAGCUGCUUAGUCUCUUGCUGCGGACAGCUGUCGCAUCAGCCAUCACCUACCUGGGUGUAAAAUGGGCUGUGGACAUGAUGGACCCAACUCGGAAAAGACGACAGGAGGAUAAGAAGAGGGCUGAACGUCUGAUGACUCGUCUGGGUAUUGACAAGAACGUCCAUCUGACGGAUUAUGAGAUGUCGAUCGCCUGUCAGCUGGUGGAGCCGGUGUCCAUCCAGGUCUCCUGGGACAGCAUCGCCGGACUGGACAGCGUGAUCCAGGAGCUGAAGGAGACGGUGAUCCUGCCGAUCCAGAACAGACACCUGUUCCGCGGCAGUCAGCUGAUUCAGCCGCCAAAGGGUGUCCUGCUGCACGGACCGCCCGGCUGCGGGAAAACACUGCUCGCUAAAGCUACCGCCCGCGAGGCCUGCACUCGGUUCAUCAACCUUGAGAUCAGCAGUCUGACGGACAAAUGGUACGGCGAGUCGCAGAAACUCUGCGCCGCCGUCUUCUCGUUGGCCGUGAAACUGGAGCCCUGCAUCAUAUUCAUCGAUGAAAUCGACUCGUUCCUGCGCGCGCGCGCCACACACGACCACGAGGCUACAGCGAUGAUGAAGGCCAUGUUCAUGUCGUUGUGGGACGGCCUGAUCUCAGACUCUGAGCGCUGCGUGCUCGUCAUGGGCGCCACCAACCGGCCCCAGGACGUCGACAAGGCCAUUCUGCGCCGGAUGCCCGCGGCAUUCCACAUCGGCAAACCGACGCUGCCUCAGCGGAAGUCGAUCCUUCACCUGGUGAUGCGGGGCGAGUCGGCCUCGGACGAUAUUGACUUCAACCGGCUGGCCAAGCUGACAGACGGGUUCACAGGUUCGGACCUGCGCGAGCUGUGUCGAACGGCCGCCAUCUACCCGGUCAGGGACUACAUGACGUCCCCAACAGCGACCGUGUUCGGCGGACUCGCGGGCGCCGGUCCGGUCCCUGACGGCCCGAGUUCGGUAACCAGAGAGCUGAGCCGACCUCCCACUGCCCAGCUGCGACCUAUCACCCAGGCCGACUUUGACCGGGCCAUCUCCAAGAUGAAGGAGUCCAAGUCCCACACCGGGGGCCUCCUCUCCACUGACGAUAUGCUGGACUAGUGACUUAGGUUGUUUCCCCUCUAGGGAGAGAGUCAGGGCUAGGGAGUUCACGUGCGAGUUGUGAUGCAGAAAUGAGUGUUGUGACUCGUGAGGUAAAGCAGGUAGUUACCGAGGGGUUAGGGGGUCGUGCGAGAAUUCUAGGAAUUUUUCGCGACAAUAGAUAAGGUUUUGGUGUGAUUUGGUAAAAGAAGAGAUCAGGCAACGCUGUUUACGUCGGUGGGAAUGGGUAGCGAUUAUGUAGGUUCCGCCUUAGUUUUGUUCUAAAUUGCUGAUGCAGCGUCACAGAUAAGCUGCUGCCACUGGCGGGCUUGGGACACUGGGCCAAAACCUUCGUCCGAUUUCUUAAAAAUGCUCAGACUGACUAGAUUUUCUGCUUUUGAUCAAUUUAUGAUAAUCAUCAAACGAUUCGAAUCCUGCGGAAAUUAUCUGCAGCUCUAAUCUCUAAAAUCUAAAGGACUUUUUAUUUUAGAUAAAUGAUCUUAUUAACGAAUUGUGUAGUUUCGUGAACGAUUACGAAUUCAGGUGUUCAAUCGUUGUGUAGCACCACCGAUCGCCUCACAAAUCACAUAGUUCGCAACCCUUCACCAGCGUAAAUUUAACUGAAAAAUUAAAGUGAUUUAAAUUGAUUGCAGCCUUGUCGUGCCAUGUUUUGUGAAAUGCGCUCGUUAGCCUUGCGCUGAUUAGUGUAAUUGAACUUGUGAGGCUAACGUCCUGCUUCCCGAUGUAAAAAUCGCAGGGUUGAUUUACAAUAGCUUCGCUAAAAGCCCAAUUGCUGUAAAUCCUUGAAGAACAUCGAUCAUAUUGUUUUAUGCUUGCAGACAUGAAUGAAAAGCAGCCACUGCUCUAAUUAAAUUCGAAAUUCGCCAGUUUCUGUGUAGCUGAGUGGCUCAGUUGUAAGCGCAUUACGAAACAAUGCGGUAUGUAGAUUCCAAACAGACUGCGUUGUGAAUCGCUUACAUCUAUAGGAGCAUUUACUAGGGGAAUAAUAAUAGAAAGAUUUCCCGGCAGUCGGCUUAACUUGCUUUGGGCUCCGUGUUUACGUCAUUGAAUUCAAAUUGGUUGCUUAUUUUGUUAGUAUUGAUUUAUUUUUCACCAUGUGUAGAAAACUGGGCAUUUUAAGUUAAGUUGGUCCGGAGCAUCGGUUUGCAUCUGCAUGUUACUCCACGAAUAUUACGAUUACUUGAAAGAAAAUAAGCAUAAGAAUGAUCCUUAACUCGGCAGUGGUAGAGGUCCCUGUUGUUUGACACCUAGGGCUGUCAUCAACCGUUGUUCAAUAUAUAGAUCCACAAAUAGCUUCAUAGCCGAGUGAUAGGUGUGCUCGUAAAGUAAUGUCGAUAUGGUCGAUGAUGUCGAUAAGGAAAAUGCCAAAAAAAAAAAUCGAGCUAAGUUAGGAAAUUGAGAGGAUUACCAACUUCGUGUUGACUGAAUUAACAGCCUUCCAUACAUCAGUGAGGAUUCAGAAUAACAACAAAAUGCCAAGCACAGUAGAAUUGAAAUACCAUACAGUAGCGGCGGAACACCUUCAAUUAAAGGGGGGGGGGGGGCACUGCCGACUUUUGGUUCCAUUCUUUUCAUGCAACGCCCAUAGGGCUAAUGUUAAAAUGCCAACAUCAAAGGGGGAACGGUGCCCCGGUGCCCUCCCCGUUCCGCCGCCUAUGAUACCAUAUACUACGGUAUUAUCGGUUCGGUAUCAGUGCACCAAAAAGUUGGUAUCCAGGACAUCUCUAUCUCGUAUGCGUACUUGCGUCGUAGUCUCCGAGUUAUCAAACCAAGUGUCUCGGCGCUGACUUUUGCUACCAUCCGCCGAGACACGUCGCUAGUGAACCAAUGACGUCAUUUGUCCCGGGACCGAUGACGUCACGGCCGUCAGACACCGAUACCGAAUGUUUCUCGGCGGUGUUGGCGAGGCUGCCUGUGAUAUGACGUGCGUUCCUGUCUGCGUUUUUUUUUUUUUUGUCUUCGCACAUAUGCGCUGCAGCGGACAAAUACAUAGAAUUCGACCCUUA